AUGGACACCCUCAUGCUCCGCUGUAGCAUGUCGCCAGCGAUUCGCAAACAACAGGAUAAAUUCAACGUGAUCACCACAGCAGAUGGACAAAUUCUUGCCGGUCAAUUUGGCAGUUUCAUUGCACAGUUCCUCGAAGCGUGGACAGGGUCUAUCGAAGAAGGCGACUUUUUCAUCACGUACGACACUUACAUGACGAAAGUUCUACAGCACCCGCUUCUUAUGGGCUGGGCAUCUCAAUUUGGUCACUUGACCGACGUUGGGGGCAUGGUCCCCGGAAGCAUGUCGAUCAACGCAACGUCCGUCUUCGACGACGGCAUCCAAAUCCCAUGCAUUAAGCUCUACACCAAGGGGGUGAUGAACACCGACCUUGUGGUUCUACUCUGUCGGAACCCAUGA